AAAUGAAUAGACGUCAUUUUGCAUAAAGUCUGCACUAGGUUAAGAGCUAAACCAGGAAGGAAGUUACCACCACUGUGCUGGAUGGGAGUGCUUCAGAGACAUGUGCUUGCUUUUGAGAAAAUCAGAACUCUUCAGAUUGGUACUAGGAAUAAUUACCAUGUUUAUUUUAUGUUUACCUGAAUUUUUCAAAAUCCGUGAAGCUAACACUGUAGUUGUGUCAUGCAUGGAUACCUGUUCAUCAAACACCACCACUUUUCCACUUUGUACUUUUAACAAUUCUUGCAAAAGAUCACCGAGACAAAGAAGAGAAAACCAGACUAUUUUACUGAAGGCCAUUUUAAACCAUUCAAAUUUCCAAAAUAUUCCAUGUAUUUGCCAAUCCUCCAGGAGGGAACAACAGUCCCAUACUAGACACACAGAGUGUGAAUCCAAGAGAGAUGUGAAUGUUGAUCAUCAAGGAUCAGGGGCUGCAGCUAAAAAAUUACCAAAAGCAGAAGGCUCAGUUGAAGUGAAAACAAAAGAUGUUAUUUAUUUUUAUAAAUAUUUUAAUUUCACCACGGAUUCUGAGAAAGAAGAAGUAGAGCACGAUACUUACUACCUGCUGGAAAUCCACAUCAACAAUUCUAUAGUCGGAGCAAGAAAUGCAGCUGAAGAAUACCUAAAUCAUUCCUGUCUAGUGGCAAUGAUGGAAGACCAAAACGACUGUAUAAAUAUUUCACUGCAACUGAAGUCUUACAUGGAAUAUCCAAUGUGUAUGACGAAGAUCAUUUGGCUCACUAUGAUUCCAGUAGUCUUUGUGUUUACUGUUUCAAUUGUCAUCUACAAAAUAGUCCAAGAAAAUGAACAAAACUAUUGUAAACACAGAGUGGCAGCAGUUUUGACUGUUCUAAGAAGAAAGAGUUCUAGAAAUGCAAGAAGAACCAUAUCUGCUACUAAAAUUCAUCCCUUGCCUGUGAAAACCAGCGAACAACUGAUUCCACUUACAGCCCAAACCACAAAGAUACUGCCCAUAAUUCCUGAACAAGAGCAUUGUCAUGUGGGUACAUCAACUGCACAGG